AUGGCUAAAGUAUUAAAAACGAUUAUUCCAUUAUUCGACCGGGUACUUGUGCAACGGUUUGCUGCCGAAAAAGUAACCAAAGGUGGAAUUCAUGUUCCAGAAAAAGCACUAGGCAAAGUACUUAAUGCUACUGUUGUUGCCGUUGGUAAAGGUCUUAAACAAAAGGAUGGUACUCAUGUUCCAGUCAGUGUUCAAGUUGGUGAUAAAGUCUUAUUACCAGAAUAUGGUGGCACUAAAGUUGAAUUAGAAGACAAGGAAUAUUUCCUUUUCAAAGAAGCUGAUAUCCUUGCUAAAUUGGAGUAA